UGGAGCUGAUGAGGAAGAGGCCGAGGGAUAUAGGUCAGUAACGACACGGAUGAGGGAGUGGUGAUAUAUGAGUAUGCAUACAUCUGUACGUACACAUAUGCAAGCAUACAAAUUGGUGGGCACAAUCGAUUGUAUAUGUAUGUGUGUGCGUGCGUGUGAGAUAUCGAAUGAUAUGGUUGGAGGAAUAUCAAAAUGCGCCCAAAAGGAUGAGAAAGGGGGAGGGUAAAUGCAAUUCCCUCUCCCUCUUUCCCGCAGUUUCUGUGCCUGUGCCAGAGCAGCGCGAAAGAAAGCCAUUAUUAUUUAGUUCAUUUUGGUGCACCGUGGAGACGAGUCUGUCCACAACAAAGAGGACAUCAUCGUGGGAUCCAUUCUUCCUUUGCAUGCACCAACGUCCUUUCCAUUCGACAAAAGCAGACAACCACCAACUGUGGACCUGUCUUCUCAUUACCCUCAUCCUCCCUUCUCCUCUCUUCUCUUCUCUUUUCUUCCCUUCUCCUCUCUUCUCUUUUCUUCUCUGCCUUUUCUUUACCUUUUACCUUUCCUUUCCUUCUCUCUUUCUUUCCUGUCCUCCUCCCUUUGCGGGUCACUCUCCUUCACUCUCUCUGAAGAGGGCGCCGGACUGGUCCUCUUUUUUUUUUUGAUCCCUCUCUUCUCCCCCCAUCGUUCUCUCCCACCGCACACCUCGAUCUCUCUUCUCCUCGCCUUUGCCACCAAUCCAUCCAUCCAUCCAUCCAUCCAUCCAGUCUCUCAUUCCCUUUUUCUUUCUUUUCUUUCUGAUCAAUCCUCC